AACCAAGGCACUCUUGUUUUUAACGUAUAUGUUUUCUCUGGUCCGACAUUUCUGAUCCUGGUUCAGGUCCAGUACAUCAUCUCACAGGAUGGACAGCAUCUGAUUCCUCAGGAGUAUGUAGUAGUAGCUGAUGGCACACAGCUGCAGGUCAGUGCCCCCCAACCUCAACACAUUAACAGAGGGGGGUUAAGGGAGAUGUCUGAUGGACAGAUCAUCCAGUACGAGCACGACGGCUCCUUUAUACAGGAGCAGCAGAUUGCUGUGAGUCAUGAUGGUCAGAUCCAGUAUGUUCCUGUCACCUCAGAGCAGCAGGUUGUCAAUGCUGAAGACCUGGAGGCUGCAGCCCACUCUGCUGUCACAGCAGUGGCAGAGACGGUCUACACUGAAGCCACUCCUGAGCAGCUGGAGCAGCUGCAGCAGCAGGGCAUCCAGUAUGACGUCAUCGCCUUCACUGAAGAAUAGAAGGUUUUUAUCAGACUACAGACUUGCACCGUGCAGGACCAACACAGACCAGGAUAUACUGACAAGUACGUAAUGUACAGGCCUCGACGUAUUUAUGCAUUGACUAAAGCAGCUUCUCUCCUUCACACUGCUGUGUGUCUCCUGGGUGGUUGGACUGUUAAUUUUGUAAAAUAAAAUAAUUGCACCCAUUGUUAACUUAAUUAUAGAGGCUGUGCAUUUAGGAGCAGGAUUGUGACUAUUGAAAACGAUGCGUUCUUGUGCCUCAACUGCUUUGCAAGACAAUGUUAUGAAAUAUGAAAAAUGUUGUUGGAAAGUAUCUAGAAAACAUUUUAUUAUCAGAUGGAGAUUAUGCAAAAGGGAAAGUGUUUUUUUUAUCUGUUCUAAGAAAUGUCAUUUGCUUGAAUGUUACCUCGUUGUGUAAAUACUUUUGCAUUUGUCUUCUGUUCUAAAUGGGCUUUAUGUUUUUUUGUUUUUAGUUUUUUUUGAUUUGGUGAUGAUGAAGUGUUCAAUAAGCUGAAAGCUGACACCAAAUAAACAACCUUGUUUAAA